CAUUUAUUUUGGAAAUGUUUUAGAAGGAUUGAAAUGCGGAAUGUUCUGGAGAAAUGUGGAUUUCCUGUUGUGCCAUCAUCGAAUUUUUUGAUCGGAAACUUGGAUGUAAUGAAAGAUGAACGAACACCGUUUCGAUUCGAAGAAUUGAGGCAGAAGUAUGGAAAAACAUAUGCUAUCAUGCAAGGGGCAUUCCCCACGAUCGUCACAUCAGAUGUCGAUCUCAUUCAGGAGAUUUGCUUGAAGAAAUUUCGUUAUUUCCACUCUCGAAUGACGGAUCCCACGAGUGGUGACCCAGAUAAAUCAAGAGGAGUUCACGUUUUCGCAGCAAGAGGUGAACGAUGGAAACGAAUUCGUACCGUUACAUCACCAGCUCUCUCGACACAAAAUCUCAGAAAUAUCUCAAAACUGAGCACAUACUAUGCAACUUUUCAGCUGUUCACAACUAUACGCGAUUCAGUUGAUCGAUUCAUCGACGGACUUCUGGAAGACAACAACAAUUCAGCACCCAUCGAACUGCAUCGGUUAUUGCUUGAUUUCAGUAUAUUUAUCGGCUAUCGAGAAGAAGACUUUGACUUUCUUCAAUUUUUGAAGAACGUUGAAGAUAAUGAAUGGAACGGAUGGAGAACAAGCAAUGAUGUACGAACUGACAUCAGUACCAUAAAAAUCGACAGGAAAAUGACUGCGGAGGAAAUAGUAGAACAAAUGCGUUUUUUGUCGACGGCUGGUUUCGAUACGACAGCGAAUACGUUGACCUACUUGACGUAUUUAUUGGCGAUUCAUGCAGAUAAGCAACAAAAAUUACGAGAUGAAAUCGACGAGUGUGAUGAAUUAUGUUUUGAUGUAAUCAACCAGUUGAACUAUCUUCAGUGGUGCAUUGCUGAAACACUUCGACUCUUUCCGCAUGCCUCUCUACUUCAAUCGAGAAGAUGUGUUGAAGACUGUGAAGCAAGUAGUUUCAAAUUCAAAAGGGGAAUUAAUAUUGCCUUCGAUACCUGGAGUUUGCAUCAUGAUCGCGAGGUUUGGGGUGAGGAUGCUGGUGAAUUCAGACCGGAAAGAUUUGCUGAUCGAAAUUCUGAACAACUGAAGAGCUGGACACCAUUCGGUGUAGGACCAAGAAUGUGUAUUGGCAUGCGAUUUGCACUACUUGAAAUCAAAACAGCAAUGUUUCAAAUAAUGAAGAAUUUCCGUAUCCUCAAAGCUACACCUUCCGAUCAAGUGAGUAUCAUUGUUAUUGCAUAA